CACACACGUGACUCCCCGCCCGUCUUACUACAUAACUACCUUCAGUCAUUGUUAUGAAACGAGAUCGCCGGACUGCUUUUGCUCCGCAGGGUUUUUGGUUGUGUUUUUAUUUUAUUUUUUAUUUUUAACGGAACGGCUUUUCUAGGUGAGGAGGCACACCUGCGUUGAACAUGUCGUUUUACAGGAAUGCCGUUUGGUUCGUGAAAGGACUCCAGGAGUACACAAAGAGCGGCUAUGAAGCCGCGGCCAAGCAUUUCGCUCCAGCGGACCUGGACGUGAACCUGACCGGGAGGUCCUUCGUGAUAACGGGGGCCAACAGCGGGAUAGGAAAAGCCACAGCGCAGGAGAUCGCCAACAGAGGGGGAAUCGUUCACAUGGUGUGUCGAAACAAGGGCCGCGCAGAAGCAGCCAAAGAUGACAUCGUGGCACGGAGUAAAAAUCAGAAUGUUCACGUCCACAUCGUUGACAUGUCCAGUGCGAGACAAGUGUGGGAGUUUGCCCAGAACUUCUCGCAAAACAACACCGUGCACGUGCUGAUCAACAAUGCGGGCUGCAUGGUCAACCAGAGAGAGUUAACCGAGGAGGGUGUGGAGAAGAACUUUGCCACAAAUACGCUCGGUACAUACAUCCUCACCACAGCACUGAUCCCUGCGCUGAAGAAGGUUGAAGACCCGAGAGUGGUCACUGUGUCGUCAGGCGGCAUGCUCACGCAGAAGCUGAACGUGGACGACCUCCAGUUCGAGAGUGGGCAGUUUGACGGCACCAUGGCCUACGCCCAGAACAAAAGACAACAGGUGAUUCUGACAGAGAGAUGGGCUUCCCUACACAAAGAGAUCCACUUCUCCUCCAUGCACCCCGGCUGGGCAGACACACCAGCUGUCCAGUCGUCCAUGCCGUCCUUCCACGCUAAGAUGCAGUCCAGACUGAGGACGGAGGCCAUGGGGUCCGACACCUUGGUGUGGCUCGCCGGCUCUCCAGCUGCCAUAAAGCAGCCGAGCGGACUCUUCUUCCAGGAUCGCAAAGCGGUGGCGACACACCUGCCUCUGGCCUCCUCCAGGUCCACACCACAGGAGGAGGAGAAGCUUCUGGCCGCGCUGGAGGAGCUCGCCCUCAACUUCAAACCUUAAUAUCUCUGCAAAUGCACUUGUCUUUUUAAAAGCAAACACUCCUCACUCAUUAUCAAUGUUUACAUAAUCAUGUCUUGUUUGUUUGCUUCAAUAUACAAGACACAUUUCUGACUGAUACCUCAAAGAACAGGCUCCUCAAAGUGUAGUUAAUGUUGUUUUCAGCAAAGAAGAAUCUUGUACGGAUGUUGGAGCUUUUCUCUAAUAGGCUGAUCAAAACUAGGUGGAAGGAAGAUGAAAAUUUUCUCCUUUAAAUACACUUAAUGGAAAAUGCUGCAUCCUCUCUUCACCAAGCCUAUGGGGAGAAAUGUAUAGAUCAGGAAGGCUCUAAUGUAUGUAUAACACAAAAUGCAAAUUUAUAUGAUUUCUGUACAAUAAAGUUUAAUUUCCAUGAAC